AUGUGGAUAUUACCUCUUGUAGGCUAUCUGGGGGUGAUUGUCGGAUUCUGCUUCCUGACACUUGCAAUCGCAUCCGGCUUGUACUACCUCUCCGAACUAGUAGAAGAGCACACUGUCUUUGCCCGCAAACUCCUCAGCCGACUCAUCUACUCCAUUAUUUGCAUCCAAAUCCUCCUCGUUCUAAUUGAUCGGUUCCCCCUCUCGCUAUCCCUCCUCAGCAUCAUCUCGCACCUCGUCUACGCCAGCAAUCUCCGUCGCUUCCCGCUCGUCAAGCUGACCGACCCGCUCUUCAUUCUUUCCUGUGUGCUGGUCAUUCUCAACCACUGGCUCUGGUUCCGCCACUUCUCGAAGCCACUCCCCGCGACGAGAGCGAACCAGGGCAAUUGGCGCCAGCCUUACCAAUUGGACUACAGUGAUGUACCCUCCUUCUCGGAGGUUGCUUCAUACUUUGGACUAUGCGUGUGGCUGGUGCCCUUUGCGUUGUUUGUCAGUCUGAGCGCGGGGGAUAAUGUCCUUCCGACUAUGGGCACAGAGUACGCGGGUGGUGCACAGUCUGGCCACGCCCGCAACGUAUCCGACAGCAAGGCCAAGAACAAAGGAAUGGCGAAGGCCUUGGUGGACAAUGUACGGGAAUGGGCCGGGGAGACUGGGGAGCUUAUGGGAUUCUGGCGCGGCGACCGGACAAGGCGGUUCUGA